GGGGCCGGGGGCGGAGAGCCGCCGGGCGGGACAUCCGGCCUCAGUCCCUCGCCGCGCCCGUCCGCCUCCCGCUCAGGCGCCGCAACCCGGAGACGGCCACCCGAGCGCGCGGUGGGGCCUCCCGCCAGCGCUCGUGUCUCCCACCCCACCCGGCGCUGUGGGCCCUAGCGUUCUGCCCCGGACCUCAGCCUGAGCCCGCCUCCCAGGGCGCCCUCGCAUCAGCCGGGCCUGCGCAGGCCCCCAGCCCGGGAGCACCAUGUUCCCUCGCCCGCUGACCCCGCUGGCGUCCCUCAGUGGAGCGGAGCCCCUGGGCCGGGCGCUGCGGCGGGCCCCACCCGGCAGGGCCCGGGCCGGGCUCGGGGGGCCCCCUCUGUUACUGCCGUCCAUGCUGAUGUUCGCUGUUAUCGUGGCCUCCAGCGGGCUGCUGCUCAUGAUCGAGCGGGGCAUUCUGGCAGAGAUGAAGCCCCUUCCCUUGCACCCCGCCAACCGCGAGGGCGCGGCCUGGCGCGGGAAGGUCCCCAGGCCCGGGGGGCUGUCCCUGGAUGCCGGGGACUCGGACCUGCAGGUGAGGCAGGACGUCCGGAACCGGACUUUGCGGGCAGUAUGUGGACAACCAGGCAUGCCCCGGGACCCCUGGGACUUGCCGGUGGGACAGCGGCGCACCCUGCUGCGCCACAUCCUUGUGAGUGACCGCUACCGCUUUCUCUACUGCUACGUACCCAAGGUGGCCUGCUCUAACUGGAAGCGGGUGUUGAAAGUGCUGGCGGGUAUCCUGGACAGCGUGGACGUCCGCCUCAAGAUGGACCACCGCAAUGACCUGGUGUUCCUGGCAGACCUGCGGCCUGAGGAGAUUCGCUACCGCCUGCAGCACUACUUCAAGUUCCUGUUUGUGCGGGACCCGUUGGAACGCCUUCUCUCCGCUUACCGUAACAAGUUUGGCGAGAUCCGAGAGUACCAACAGCGCUAUGGGGCUGAGAUCGUGAGGCGGUACAGGGCUGGAGCCGGUCCCAGCCCUGCAGGCGAUGAUGUCACCUUCCCCGAGUUCCUGAGAUACCUGGUGGACGAGGACCCUGAGCGCAUGAAUGAGCAUUGGAUGCCCGUGUACCACCUGUGCCAGCCUUGUGCCGUGCACUACGACUUUGUAGGCUCCUAUGAGAGACUGGAGGCUGACGCCAACCAGGUGCUGGAGUGGGUGCAAGCACCAGCUCAUGUCCGCUUCCCACCUCGCCAGGCCUGGUACCGGCCGGCCAGCCCUGAAAGCCUGCACUAUCACCUGUGCAGUGCUCCCCGGGCCCUGCUGCAGGACCUGCUGCCUAAGUAUAUCCUGGACUUCUCUCUCUUUGCCUACCCACUGCCUAAUGUCACCAGGGAUGCCUGUCACCAGUGACCAUAGGUAUGGGCCAGCAUUUGUUGACAAUGCCAGCUUCCUGUGCUGCUGCCUGCUCUUUGGAGAAACCCUGACUCUGGGGCCUGGGGCUUCUCCAGAUGCCUAGGCGGCAGGGGCUGCCCUCGGAAGUUCCUUCCAGGUGUCCACAGUGGCUCAGAGGACAGGGGUGGACAGGAGGCCUGGUACUCCCCAUUGAGGGGAUUUCUUGUGGGCCAGUAUGGUCCUUCUUGCCCUUGGUAGGGCCAGACACCAGUUUGCCAGUGAAGCAACACAUCUGUGCUGAAAACUGACUCCAGGGGCCCCUGGCUGCAGGGAUUGAGCAGUUCACCAGGGCUACCUUAGCUUAGCCUGUGGCCAAACCUAGAGGUGUCUUCAACUAAGGAGCAGGACCAGAGCUGGGGGCCCCAUUCAUCCAUUCAUGUGUCUCAGGGCUGGAGUCAGCAGUUGUGCCUUAUAAAUGACUUUUGUGUCUUUCUGCUUCAGACUCAGAAUUUCCUAUACUUUACAAAUUCUUUCCAUUUUUCCAAGGAAAGGAAAACUGAGCUGGGUCCUUGCCUGGUAGCUCCAGGACCCAGCGCUGCAGGCCUCCAAAAAUCCCUGGGCCCAACCUGUUCUUGGAGCUCUGGGCACCUCUUUCCUCCCCCUAAGGUUGUGACUGUGGCUGGUGUAUCUGGGUGCCACUUUUUCGGUGCAUUUAUUUAAAAUUUGUACUUUUUGAUAGAACCUUUGUAAAGGCUUUGUUUUCCUAAUAGCUCAAUUUUUAAUAAAGCUGUUUUGUAUACAAA